GCAAUGGAUAAGCCUACUUAUAAUCAUGGUUCGGUUUUUGUUGUUGGCACUGGCCAUCGCGGCCGCUACGGCAGACCAAGUUAGAUAUGAUGGAUAUCAAGUGAUCCGUAUCAAACCACAAAAUGAGGGUGAUUUAGACUGGUUGCAUAAUUUGGAGGAAGGAAUCGAUGGGACGUUCGACUUUUGGCAGAGUAGCCGUGUAUUGGGCCGUCCAGUUGACGUUAUGGUUUCCCCUCACCAUAUCGACCAUCUCAUUGUGCUUCUUGGUGCACGCGGUCUCGAAUUCGACACCCAUAUCUCGGAUGUUCAGACCCUCAUCGAUGAUCAAUUCACUCCUACAGGAAUCUUGGAUGGAAACAAUGGGUUCGACUACUCCAAGUAUCACACCUACGAUGAGAUCCAACAGUGGGUUGCUGAUUCUGCAGCAGCCCAUUCUAACAUCGCAGAAUCCUUCCAAAUCGCUACAUCAACAGAAGGUCGCGCAAUCAACGGCCUAAAGAUCGGAAAAAAGGCCAGUGGAAAGCCCGCAGUCUAUUUCCAAGGCGGUAUCCAUGCUCGUGAAUGGAUAUCACCGGCAACCGUCAUGUAUUUCACCAACCAAGAUCGCAUGUGGAGGAAGACCCGCCGCAGAGAGGCUGGACGAACCUGCACAGGUAUUGACCCCAACCGUAAUUACGAACACAAAUGGGGAGGCGCUGGUGCUAGUACGAACGCUUGUUCUGAUACUUAUCGCGGUUCGAGUUCCCAUUCAGAACCAGAGGUUGCUGGAAGCACUAGUUUCCUUCUGCAGAAGAAGCAGACCCAGGAUUUCCAUGUAUUCAUUGACUUCCACGCCUACUCUCAACUCUGGCUGGCUCCAUGGUCAUACUCCAAGACUGCCGCUUUGCCAUCAGAUAGUAAAGAUCACGAUGCGAUGGGUAAGGCGUGUACAGACGCAUUGAAAGCCGUCCACGGAACGCAGUAUACAUAUGGGCCAUCGGCAAGAACUCUGUACGCCGCAUCAGGUUGCAGCGUAGACUGGGGUUACGCAACUCUUAAAGCCAAAUAUUCAUAUGUUGUCGAACUGAGAGACACUGGUAAUUAUGGAUUCGUGUUGCCAGAAGACCAAAUCAUUCCAUCAGGCGAAGAAACUUUGGCCGCCGUCAAAGAACUUGGAGAGAAAAUUAUUGCUGAAUUUACUUCUUAGACACGUGACACUUAUCGACACGCAAAUUUUAAAAAUAUUAACAUCGAAUGCAACUGAAAACUGUAUUAUGAAUGUUAAAACGAAACACUUCUUUAAUAUUGAUGUACCGAUAAUGAGCGUAAUCAUUUCUUUAGGUUUAGGUAUUCAAACGUGCGAUAUAAUAUCAAACGAAUUAAUGCGAUUUAGCUAACUUACCAAGCUUUCGAAUUAUUGACACGUUUGGAAGUUACAGUAUUUAGAAGUGAUUUAUUAAAAGGUUGGAAUUUA